CUCCUAUAAAAAUUUGUGCAUUAAGUAUACCAAUUUAAAAAAUCCAAAGUUAAGAGCCAAAGGUGAGAACUUUUUCUUUUUCCGAUUUUUUUUAGAAAAAAGGAUGUGAUUUACUGAUUUCGGCCGAGGGAAGCGGAUUCAUCCAAAAUAAGAAAUCCCGGGAUCCGAAAAUUCUCCAUUUCUUACACGCCCUUUGUAUCAGCCACCGCCGAAUUUAUCGGGAUUUUCCGGUACUGUUCUUCCAGCCGCUACUGGUUUCCAAUCCCUCUCUGUAUAAAGAUAGCUGCUGGAUGGGCCUCACCCUCUCUUUUUCUCUAAUUUAUCUUCUUUAGUUUGACUGAACCCAAAAUGUGGGAUAAUCACUUGGCUCUUAUAUCAAGGAUAAUAUUUCAGCUACAUUGAUAGUUGCUUAUAGCCUGUUAUUAAAUGAUAAAUAUUUCAAGUGUUACUGCUUACUAUGGAACUCACAAUCAUUGUUGUGUUGGUUACCCUUCCUCAGUAUUGCUGUAGUAUAUAUCGUUUCCAUCCCUUUUAAGCAUACCAUUUUUAAAGGAAAGUUCUACGUGUGAAAUUAUACAUUUUGGUUCUGAUUAAAAAAAAAAAACUUAAAGUUGCAGAGUCCCAUACCAUGAUGGAUCAAAGCUUGUGCGUUAUGGUCUAUGAUGCUUACUCAUGGUUAUAAGGGAGGCUGGAUACAUUGUGGACUUGGAUAUUGGGAUUGAACUUGGUUUCUUCAAAUUUGAAGUGGUCCUCAGUUGUAACCCAUAACUGAGAUCCUGGAAGUAGACACUGAAAUAUUUUCUGGAAUAGGAGUUUGAUUAUAAUCAAUAAUGAACGACCGCUCUCUUCCUGCUAUACGGAAAUGGAGAAAGGUAGCCUAUGGAGGUAUGCAACCAGGGUUUGAUGACAACCAUACUGAUGAAUCCUUCCUCGAGGAUAUGGUCACAAAUGCUAAUGUUGUCAAGAGAGACUUGAGUAAGGUGAUCCUUGAUUCUGUGUCCAUCUCUCAAUAUCUUUGCACAGUCACCCUUGUGGUCUUGGUCUGGACCUAUACUCUUGCCUCAUCUAUUAGUUUUCGAUCCCUCUUGCUUCUUGAUAUAGCCUUGCUUGUUUCAGGCUUCAUAGUUCUUCUUUUAACUGCGGAGAUGAUUUCCCUCAACCUCUUUGCCAAAUACAUCCUAAACAUAUUGUAUUUUAUUAUUGGUUUGUAUGCCUUGUCUCCAAUUUACCACACUUUGACAAGGUCUAUAAGCUCGGAUUCGAUCUGGGCUCUAACAACCAUGCUUAUUGUUCUUCAUCUCUUUUUGCAUGACUACACUGGUUGCACUGUGAAGGCUCCUGGUUCCCUAACAAAUCCUUCUUUUAGCAGCAAUAUCUCUUUGAAUACUUCUAUCAUUGCUUCAGUUUUGAUUGCUUCUCGGCUCCCAUCAUGGCAACUUGUUUUUGCUAUUGUGCUGUUUUCCUUGCAGGUUUUCCUUUUUGCUCCUUUUGUUGUGUACUGUAUCAAAAGAUACUCAUUCUGGUUGUAUCUCUGGUUUUCAUUGGGAUUAGUGGGUCUAACUUUGGCACUAGUUUAUAGACUGCAAGGGUUUCUCUUUGGCUUGCUGCUAGGUUUGCUAGUCUUCAUCACUUUCAUCUGUCCUUAUUGGCUUACCAGGAUUCAGAAAUAUAAGUUUGAAAUCAAUGGUCCAUGGGACGAAGCUAAGCUCUGUUUUGACAUUACUGAAUGAAAAUGGGAGCAGUGUAUACUCUGCAAGUCUGACUAUGUUGAGUUGUCGCUCAUGCUUAAUGAAACCUCAUGGUCAGAGGAUCAUCACGAGGUCAUCUUAUGUGUAAACUUAUUGGCACAUUUGUCUUGGGUGUGUACGCUCUGUUUACUCAGUGUUUGAUCCUGUCGAACCACUAAAAGCCGAAGGAUGCAAGUCUCCGGUGAUUACAUAUUUUUAAUUUAUCUAUUUGAACCAGCUAUUGGUUCCUGUUUUGGAAUGGUUGAAUCUUGUGGACAGGAAGCCAGAUUUUGAGUGAAUGAUUUGUUGGUGGUGAAUGCAUAAGCUUCAAAGUUAUCUGCAGGCCGGUGCAAUGAAUGCUGAAUUUUCUGGUUGGUUCCUCUUCUCAAGAAGAUUAUGAGGUUUUUUCCUCUGGGAUUUAGGCUGUAAUUAUGUGUCAACAAAUUGAAGCACAAGAAUAAUAAUGUUUGACAAGAGAGUGUAAUAAAAUUUGUAUGAUUUGUUUCCAUGUAAUAGAAAAAUAAUGUUCCAGACCUAGUUUUUGUUUGUGUUGUUCUUGUGCAAGUAGUUUUACUUUUGAGACAACGUUGUUACUUAUUUCCUUUUUAUGCAUUGUUUUUAUUUUUUGGGG